UUUAAUCAUGAUAUAAGUUGAAAAGAAUGCCAUCUGAUCUUUAAUUUCCCGUCACUGAACUGUUCUUAUUCAAGUUAAAUAUAUACCAAAAGCAACAUUGUAUAUUAGCUACUCAAGCAAGAAACUCGAUCAAGAGAUGAAAAUCCGAACAAUUAACGUAUUGUUGAUCCUGGUGUUUCUAGCCGGCGGUGCGAACUCCGAUACAUCCAAGGACAAGGAGGAGUGCACGGAGUCGUUGUUGGGGCUAGCGACGUGCCUGCCGUACGUGGGGGGCAACGCGCCGUCGCCAACCCCAGACUGCUGCAACGGAUUGAAGCAAGUGUUGAAGAGCAGCAAGAAGUGUCUGUGUCUCCUCAUCAAAGACAGGAAUGACCCACAGUUGGGGCUCAGCCUCAACCUCACGCUUGCCUUGGGUCUCCCUGAUGCUUGCCAUGCCCCAUCCAACAUUUCUGAGUGUCCCGCUCUGCUCCAUUUGCCUCCCAAGUCACCGGAUGCUCAAGUUUUCUAUCAAUUUGGUCAUGCAAGUAGCCCUGCUCAUACUCCCAUUCCUUCAGAAGGCGGUCCUGCAAGUGCGCCACAAAAGAGUGGCGGUCGUCGUUGCAUUGGAAGAACAUGGUUGGCUUUGGAAACUGUUCUUCCACUUUCUGGAUUAGUCUUACUAUGGACUUACACAAUAUAAAACCUUUAAUUUCCAGAAAUUAUGAGUCUUUGUUCGAGAUAUGUUAGGUUCCUGUAUGAUCCGAUCCAAGUCAUAAAGUUUAAUUUAUUUUGCAUUUUAUUUUGUGUAAUAAACUCUGUCCCCUCUUGUGUUUCAUUUGGUCUCGUUUACUUAAUAUACUCUUAUAUUUUGUUAAAA